UGUAACACAAAUAAAGUAUGUUUAAAACUUCAUUUGUAUGUAUAAAUCAACGAAACGAUUUAAAUGAAGAUAAUAUUUACGUUUAAUAUAUCAUAUACAUAAAUUAUGGAAUAAAAGCAUUGUAUACAAUAUCUUAAAACAUUUUUAUUAAUAAAUAAGUCUUAGUGUCCUAGGCGGAAUUCAAAUUUUCAAUAAUCUCAUCAUAUAAUUUUUAUUUCAAUUACACUUGAUAUCAACUACUUGCAAAAUAUGUGAUAUUGAUAUCAAUAAUGUCAUUAAUAAGCCAUCAUAUAAUUUUUAUUUCAAUUCCACUUGAUAUCAACUACUUGCAAAUAUGUGAUAUUGAUAUCAAACUUCAUUGACCCACAGUCCUCGAUUACUUUUCCUCAUUAAUCCCUUUCUUGUUUCUGUAUAAAGCUACUGCGUCUUGAUCUAAGCAGAUCACAAACCCAAAAACAAAAGCUAGAACAACCAACUAUAAUAAUCAUGACGUGUCACAAAAUCUUCCUUGUAAUCUCUGUGAUGCUCGCUGUCUCAUCAUUGGUCAAGGCAGUUGACUUCUCGGUCGUCGACAACACAGGCGACUCCGCUGGCGGAAGAAGAUUCCGGGGAGAGAUCGACGGCGUAAGCUACGGCACACAGUCACUAAGAUCUGCGACGGACUUCGUCUGGGGUUUGUUCCAGCAAACCAACAACCCUUCGGACAGAAGAGACGUUACAAAGAUCACUCUGUUCAUGGAGAACGGGAACGGCGUGGCGUAUAACACCAACUCGGGAAGCGAGAUACACUUUAACGCGGGGUAUCUCGCGGGUUUCUCGGGAGAUGUAAAGAGGGAAUUCACCGGCGUGAUUUAUCACGAGGUGGUUCAUUCUUGGCAAUGGAACGGUCCAGGUGGCCUUAUCGAAGGUAUAGCGGACUAUGUGAGGCUGAAAGCGGGUUAUGCACCGGGUCACUGGGUAGGGCCCGGUGGUGGUGAUAGGUGGGACCAGGGCUAUGACGUCACUGCGAGGUUCUUGGACUAUUGUAACGAUCUAAGGAAUGGGUUUGUGGCGGAGCUUAAUAAGAAGAUGAGGAGUGGCUAUAGUGACAGCUUCUUUGUUGAUCUGCUCGGGAAAGACGUGAACCAACUCUGGAGAGAGUAUAAGGCCAAGUAUGGUCAGUAAAUUGUUAAACGUACAAAUUAUAAAUGAUAAUCGUAUUAGUGACAUGCCCAUUCAAAAUAAAAGUGAGAUGUUUAAAAAACAUCAGCAUAUGUAGUAAUUUGUAUUCUAUUAUGAAUUUGUACGCUCGAAUAAGAAAACAGAUAUAUAUACUGUUGUGUACUCUUUUAGAGUUAUUGUCAAAAGCAAUAUUAUAACUUAUAAGUAAA